UUUCAGUCAAUUUUAAGCAACCGCAUGGAAAAGACGUGUAACGAAACGGGAUUUAAAUAUACUUCAUAGAAGAAAAUGAUUACAAAUUGUUCUAUUUUCUUUUGAAAAUUAAUGGAUACAGACAAAAAAAUUAAAAGAAAAUUGAAGAAAAUGAAAAGUAAAACAUUGAUUGAUAAAAUAAACAAAUAACGAGUAAAAGAAAGAAAUAAAUUAUUACAACACUAUUACACAAAUUUAAGGUUUGUUUUUUUGUUAAUUACGUAGAACUGGUAUUAAUUAAGCAAAAAAUAAGAAAAAAAAACAAAAUUAUAGAAAAAUGUUAUAAAUUAUAAAGUGUCUGCUGCUAAAUAUUUCUAAUUCGUUUUAUUAAAGAAAAGAAACAAAUUAUUCUAAACACCCUUAAUGAAUUUUGAUGAUUUUAAAUAAAAAUAUAUUACGCCGUUCAACUGUCGUCAUAUACAACAAUUUAUUGCAUUAUUAUUGCAGUGUACUGCAACAAGCAUGUUAUUAUUGUUGUUGGUUUUUCACUGCAAUAACGAAGGUGGUUUGUGUGAAUAAGUCUAUGGUUUCUCCCUCUUUCCCCCUUAAAACACCCACAUACAAUUACAAUAAGUAUAGCUGCUGCUUGAGAUAGUAAAAUAAUAACAACAACAAUUAAACACCAUAAAUGUAAAUAAAAAGACUUGAAAUAUAAAAAACAAUUACAGUGUUGCAUUUUGGCAAUAAAAUAAAAACAAACCAAAAGAAAACAAAUUAGCAGUUAUUUACCAAAAUUAAAGCCAAACAUAUAUGUACCUCAAUAAUAAAAUGAAAACAAAAGCUCUCUUGAAUUUAUAAUAAAAAGAGAACGAGAGAGAACUACUAGUGAUAGGUCAAUUUCACACAUAGUGUGAGUGUUUGUUUAACAAAUAGAAUUUUAAUUUUGUAAACAGGAGAAUAACAAAGUGUGAUACUUUAAUAUCCACUAGAGAGUGAAUGUGUAUGUCUAGUUUUGUAAACAAGUGUAGAAAAAGUGAGAGAAAAAAAAAACAAUUUCUUAUAAGGCAAAUGUAUUGAAAAAGCAAUUGUCAUUUUAGUAUUGAUACAGCUGUUAGAGGCAGCUUUCACACACAAUAUUUCUUCCAAAAAAAUAACGAAAAUUAUUAAAUAAUAAAAAAAGUUAUAAUAAAUAAAAAGCAAAAACAAUGUGACUUUAAAGUUGUAAAGUAUUUAUACAGAAAAAAACUGAAGUGUCUUAAAUAUUUUAACUAAAGUGUUAACAAAAAGAAAACUAAAAACAAAAAUUAAUUUUUUAACAAAAAAACUCACAAACCAAGUGCUUAAUAUUAUAAUAUAAACAAAAAAAACUAAACUACCAAUAUGCAUGGCAUAACACAUUUAUAUCGCCAGCAUGCCAUAGAAAAGCAGCUGAGCGCUGACUGCUGGCAAAACGGUGGCGGUGGUAUUGGUGCCGAUUCCAGCAGUCACCAUCAUCAAAAUACAACUUCCUAUGGCCGCAGUUAUGUACGUGAUAAUGUUAGCAUGAAUUCUACCUCGGAAUAUGGUUCUCUAAAAGGAACCAGCCGUUUGAGCAGCAUAGAUUCUAGUUCUAGCUCUAGUUCCUCAUCAAAUUCAAAAUCACCCAAUUGGUCUCAGGACAAAGUAAUUGAAAGUUUGGUUAAUGCCUCAAGUCCACAACCGGUGCCGGACACCCAAAAGUCGAUAACAAAUCAUUAUCGUAAUUCACCCACCCACAAUGGGGCACGCAGUUCCUAUGACAGCUAUGGCAGCAGUUUCAAGCGAACACCUUCCUCGAAACGCAGCAUUUUUGAAAGAUCACACAGUCCCGCCGUUUAUGGUAGUCUACGCAAACCAAAUCUACAGGAUUUUAAUAAUUCACCACCCAGCCAAGGUGGUUACUUCCCACACGAUCUUGACGACAUCUAUGAAAGUAAACAGGAUCAUCAGUAUUUCACCUAUUCGGGGCACUCAACACAGCGUCAAGAACGACCCAGCAUUAAUUCAAUAUUUCAUCGUGUGGGUGCCGCGCCCGCCUCUCUUGAUGAGUACUCCAGUAGUCCCAUGAGACAUUCUCUAGAUAGUGGCUGCGUGAAUAUACCACGCUAUCGUUUCGAUAAUACUAGUUUUGUUAAAUCUCUAAGUAUUAAUGAAGAUGAAACCUCCUCACCCAAGGAUCACAAACAUAAGCACAAGGAUAAGCAUGAGCAUCAUGGUCACCAUGGUCAUCAUCAUUCAAUACAGGAAUUACUUAAACAUUUUGGUAAAAAGGUGCACAUUUGGCCACGUAAAUCUCAUGAUAAUACAGCGAGUAGUGUUUGUACUUCACCACAAAAUGAUCCUCAGGAAAAUUUUCGUUCAAGAUCGAAAAGUUUAGAUGUCAAUACGAUUAAUAGACCCAAUCGAAUUUUAGAAGAUUGUGGUGCCACCUAUAAGAUAUUCGAUAAAAUUGUAAAAGAAGGUAAUUCAAAGGGUGCUCAUAUGCGUCGUGCUUCAGCUGAUUUGGAAAAACGACGUGCUUCAGUUGGUGCUGCCAGUCGGGGAUUACGUGGUGAUGGUACUUUAGAUCCACAUCAUGCCGCAAUAUUAUUUAGAGAUUCAAGAGGGGUAAGUUUUCAUAUUUUUUUAUAUAUUUUUAAGUGAAGUGAAUAGAAAAGGUUUCGGGAAUAUUAUUUUGAUAUAAUUUACUAAUUUUGUACUCGGGUUAAAAUGUUUCCAUUGAAGAAAUCGUGGAAAUUCUGUUAAGGCAGAAAGUCUUUCAAUAUUGAUCUUUAAUUACACAUAAUUAUUGACGAAUUAAAUUUUCUUACGUCUUUGUUAGUCCUUAUAAUGUUCGAAGAGAGCACGGUUCUAAAACAUUAAUUAAGGAUAUUACUGGAAGGAUUUAAAUUUGCCUCCUGAGG